AGUCAAAGGUCAGAGGUGACCUGAAAAGGCGCGAAGCUGAAAUAUUUUUGCACGGAUAGAUUUGGAGUGAAGAUUUUGCUCUAUAAAAGGUAAAGUUGCCGUUUUUUUUCGACAUGGCUUCCCCGACGACUGGUGCGAGAAGCCUGCAAGCGUUGCCCGCGGCGACGGCUCGCCUGUUGUCCAGCACUCAGGUCAUCACGUCCGUCUUCAGCGUGGUGAAGGAACUGGUGGAAAACUCGCUGGACGCUCAAGCCACCAGUGUGGAUGUCAAACUGGAGUCAUUUGGGUUUGACAGGAUAGUAGUGAGUGACAACGGCAGUGGGAUCAGCCGUGCAGAUGCAGAGUUCAUGGCUCAGCGACAUUACACGUCCAAACUGUCACACCAGGCAGACCUGGACAGUCUGGAGACUUAUGGCUUCAGGGGAGAGGCACUGGGAUCCCUCUGUGCAGUAGCUGAUGUGACGGUCACCACGAAGACUGCAGCUGACGACUUCAGCAUGAUCUACACACUGGACAGGCAGGGCAAAAUCACCAACAGCAAACCUGCACAUCUGGGGCAAGGUACAACCAUAACAGUCACAAACCUGUUUAAGAAUGUCCCGGUGCGCAGACAGUACUACAGCGCCCCCAAGCGGCGGAAGGAGGAACUGAAGCGAGUGGAAGACAUCAUGAUGGCAUUGGGUGUCAUCAAGCCAGAUGUCAGAUUUUCACUCAUACACAACAAGUGCACAGUGUGGCAGAAGAACAAGUAUCCCGACCACCGUACAGCCCUGCGGACUGUGCUGGGUACCGGCACCAUGUCACUACUGCUGGGGGUGGAACACAGGAGUCUGGAACCACAGGUAGAGGUGCAGGGAUUCCUCCCUAAGCCGGGAGCUGACCCUCAGACCGUCACCCGAGCCACGACUGACCGCUCCUUCGUUUUCUUCAACGAGAGGCCUGUCCAGAUGAAAGGGGUGGAGAAGCUGGUGCGUCAGUAUUACCACGGCAGCACGUCUGAUGGAACUUCCUCACGACAUCCCAUAAUAUUCCUCAGCAUCAGGGUGCCCCCAGCAGAGAUAGACCCCAAUGUGGAGCCCAACAAGACAAAAGUCCUCCUGCACAACAAUGAUUCCAUUCUGUCCGUUAUUGAAGAGAUGCUGCAGACUGUAUACAGCUCUUCAGAUGAUGCAAACCACAACAAAGCUACGAGCGAAGAAGCCAGAGACACGACACAUAACAGUUCAAGUUCCUCGGACUCCAACAAACAGCAAAACACACUGGAAGAUGAACAGCUGUCCUGUGCAUAUUAUGCUUCGAGUAAAAGUAGAAAUGAAGAUAAUCUGACAAACACAGAAAAGAUUGCACCUGCCCAUUGUAAAACUCUUGAGUCAGAAGAAGAUACAAGAAGAGAGAAAGUUGACAAUGACCACAGCAGUAAUGUACAUGUAGAGGUUGAAAUAAGGGAAGAAGAGCCUUUGGGUACAUUAAAAAACACAACUGUUAAUACGACAAACAUGAGCUCAAAUAGUGACUCUGACAUUACAAUGGGCGACUCUAUGCUUGCUGAAAUCAAGACCCCUGACACCUCCACCGUAAGGCCCCAUAGGCCAGCAGACGAUACAGAGAUAUCCUUAUUCUCAAUCAACGACUCUUUGCUAGCAGGAAUGGACUCACAGGAGUCUCUACAACAAGAAGACAAACUUCAUGAAGAUUCUCAGAGGAGUUUCUCCAUUUCUAAUUCUUUCCUCGGAGACCUUCCAACUCCAAGCCCCGCUGAAACUGGUAAGAAAAGUGAAGACGGCGUUAGUUUUAAUCUUCUGACUCAAACCUCCCUCAGUCUUGUGCUUAGUGAUGAAGAAAAAGAGGAAAAUGACAAGGAAAAUUACAAAGAAAGAAGAGAAGAGAGUGAGGGUAUAGCUGAGAUUUCAAAUAUUUUAGAUUCAACCAAUCAGACGCUCAGAAAAGAUGGAAUCCCUCCUCUCCCAUCAUUGGACAGCGACAAUCCUACCUCAGCCAAUCAGAAAGAGGAUGAGAUUCCAACAGCCAAUGAGGUUUCAGCUAAGACGUGGAGUGAAGGGAGAGGAUUGGUCAACUCUGUUGGAGAGGCUGUAGAACCAGUGAGACUAUUGGUCCCUGGAGUGACCAAUCAGGGACAAGAUCAGUCAGCACACACAAGUGUUGACAAGGGAAGCCCAGGAAGGAAAAACACCAUACUGAAAAAGGAAGGCCAUACGACAAUGUAUGACCUUGUUGGGAACAAACCAGUGAAGAAGCCACAGUCAGCUUACAGUUUCUUCAUCAAGGAUGUCAGGCCUACUGUGUGCCAAGAGAACCCAGAAGCUGACUUUGCAGAAAUUGCUCGGCUCAUUGGUCAGCGUUGGAAGCAGCUAACCAAUCAGGACAGACAACGCUACGAAGCCAUGGCAACCAGAGAUCAACAGAGAUACCAGGCACAUCUAAAGACACUCCAAGAAAGUGAAAGUAUUGCAUCUUCAGAUUCACCUGCGCCAAGAAAGAACAAGCUAAGUACUAAGAAAAGGAAGUUGGAUCCUGUUUCUCACCAAACCCUCAUCGACAAAAUGUUUCAGUCCCAAAAGUCAAGGAAGGGAAAUGGAGAAAACAAUCAACACACUUUGAAAGUGGUGAAUGUAAGUUUUAGUAUGACGUGGUUGAAAGAAAAAGUAGGGAAAGAAGUUUCCAACAGUUCUGAGGCAGAUGGAACGCUUCGUCUGAUUGGCUGGUUGUUGCCACAUGGUGUAUGGGUCGGAGUGCAAGGGUCAGAGGUCGUUGCAGUUCACCAGUACAGGAUGCAGGAGGCGCUGCUGUACAACAGGCUGAUGGAGACUCAUGUGUUGCCUAGGCAACCGCUCAGGGCACCUGUGGUUCUGAACGAAAGCACAACAGGAGGGCCUCUGGCAUGGCAAACCCUACAGAACUUGGACAGUGAAAACACCCACCCUAGCCCGUCUAGGAAGAUCUGUGACCCAAGACUGGUUAACAAUGGGUUCGAUGUCCAGCUGACCAAUGAUGAGGAGGGCAACAUCAGGGCGGAGGUCGUUGCCAUGACAACAUGCAUGCCCUUUUAUGGGGUUGACGAUUUGAAGGAAAUCCUUGGCAUCAUCAGUAGAGCCAGUAGCACAACAGUGUCCACCAGCAGACCAGUUAAAGUCAUUCACUACCUAAAAGGAGAGGCAGUGCGCAUGGUUCGUAGCCUGUCCAGAACCAUGUCACAUGACGACGUGAGUGACAUCCUUAGGAAGAAGGAAAAGGAACUGCCCAAGUGUCGGACAUGUCUCCACAGUAAACCCUUUAUACAGACUAUCUACACACUGGAGGAGAUAUACUCACAGUGUAGUCAGGAACAGAGUCAGCCACAGUAGUGACUUAAGUUUGCAAAGCUGAGUUUAGUUUCUAGAGGUACCGGAUGUCAACUUAAACAAGCUUCUUUA